CAGUUCAGUUUACAGUUGGAGCUUGGAAGAAAAUGGCGUCUGCUAAGUUUCUGGAGGAAGCUCUGAGUACGGACAUUGAUGAAUCUGCAGUGAACGCGAUAGUAGGCUCCCUCGAAACACAGCUGGUAACAUCAACGCCAACCGUUUCUGGCCAUCAAACGAGUUCUGCGACUGCUAGUCAACAGAAUCACCAGGUGAACAGCGGUAUUUCCAACGGGGGCACCAUUACUGCGGCGGUACAACCACAGAAACAUGGGGUUUCCAACGGUGGCGGUGCCACCCCUGUGAACAAUCUUUUGACUCAAGAAGUUACAAAAUCGAUCACUACGAGUACUUUACUCCCAGUAAAUGUGGUCACCUCGAACGCAGUUGCUCCAGGGCAAGAACCUGUUAAGAUAAUAUAUCCUACGAUCGGACAAGUUAUUGCUACAACGGGAGUAGCAACGGCUAAUAACAAGCUUCCUUUUCCUACACAAACUGUUGGGCAACUAGCUAAUGGUACAUUAGGUAUAACCUCACAAGCAGUACUACAGACAACAUCCAACGCUGUCUCAAACGUUGGUACUAUCAGUCAAACCGGUAAUCAGGCAGUAGCCGGAGUAAAUAAGCAAACAGGUACUGCUUUAGUGAUAAAGACUAGUGUAGCACCCGGUGGCAUGGUUUCCGUCCCUAUGUCUGUUCCUGUUUCUGUGGCUAGCAGUGUCGUUAGUACGGCAUUGCAAGGCAAAGCUGGUGUAACACCGACUAUAGUACCCAGCAAUGUGCAAAUUCUCAAUGUUAACGCAAUGAGACCUGGAACACCAGUGGCAGCUCAGCAAGCAGGAAAGCAAGUUGCACCAAGAGUGGUUAUCGGUCAACACAUGGUUGGGACGAAACCUGGAGCUCCAGGGAUCACAUUACAAGCUCUACAUGGUCUUCAACCUGGAACUCAAGGCCAUUUAUUAUUAAAAACCGAAAAUGGUCAGUAUCAAUUAUUAAGAGUAGGACCAGCACCAACAGCGGGAACACCAUCAGGUACUGCUGUUACUCCCAAUAGUAUCACAGGAAAUGCAGUGGUUGCAGCUCCAUCUCCUGGCACUACCUAUCGCCUAGCCUCUGUGCCGGCUGUAAGUAGGCUGAACACUCAGUUCACUGGUCCACCACUCGCCACCUUAAGAAAAUCUGUUCAGACAGUGGCAGCUGCCAUUACUACAGCAAAUGCAACCCCUCCUACUCUCACUACCGCAGCUACUACAACAGCUACUCCAACUGCUACUACGGUUCAAACAGUUCAGACGCCGGCACAGCGUCAAACUACAGAUAAUACCAAAGAAAAGUGCCGUAAAUUUUUAGCGAAUUUAUUAGAAUUGUCUAGUCGUGAGCCUAAAGCAGUGGAACGAAAUGUUCGAACUUUGAUACAAGAAUUAAUUGACACUAAAGUUGAACCUGAAGAAUUUUGUGAUAGACUUGAAAGAUUAUUGAAUGCGUCUCCACAGCCAUGCCUAAUUGGCUUUCUCAAGAAAAGUCUACCACUUCUACGUCAAUCUCUUGUGAUGAAUGAACUAAUCAUUGAAGGAAUAAAACCUCCUCCAGCCAAUGUUGUUUUUUGUAUUGCAUCUGUGACAUCAACGGUAACACAGCAGCAAAAUCAAAUUAGACCAACAGCCGCCAUCGCUCCUACAAUUCCUGUUGCAUCUACACAAACUACACAAGUAAGAGUAAUGACACCAAUACCUACGGCCACAACAACAGUACCGCGACCUGCACAACCCGUACAACAAAGGCUGAUUCGCCCAGUGACGACUGUUGUACGCAGUCCAACUGCUUAUGCUGUAAAAUCAACAGUAGCUGUUACCAAUAUACGUCCUACUGCGCCUGUUGUUCAAAAGGCACCAACUGCGACAACUGUUGUAAAAACAGUAACAACUGCUACACAAGCUAAAACAGUCAAUACACCCUCUAUUAUUAACAGGACCAUAGUGCCUUCCUUGGUGCCAAAACCCACUGCCAAAGAAAAAGAAAAGAAGACUUUUUCUUCGGCUGGGUAUACUGGUGAUGAUGACAUCAAUGAUGUAGCAGCUAUGGGUGGCGUUAAUCUUGCAGAAGAAUCUCAAAGAAUUCUUGGUUCGACAGAGUUUGUAGGGACACAGAUACGUUCAUGUAAAGACGAAAUAUUCUUACACAUGACCCCGUUACAACAAAGAAUUAAGCAAAUAGUUUCUAAUUAUGGCUUAGAAGAACCUAAUCAGGAAGUUGCUGCAUUGAUUUCACAUGCUGCACAAGAAAGGUUAAAAAAUUUGGUUGAAAAAUUGGCAGUAAUUGCUGAACACAGGAUAGAUCUUAUAAAGGUGGAUCCAAGAUACGAAGUGACGCAAGACGUAAGAGCGCAGUUAAAAUUUCUGGAAGAUUUAGAUAGGGUCGAACGCAGGAGACAUGAGGAACAAGAAAGAGAAUUACUUUUGCGUGCUGCUAAAAGUCGUGCUAAGACAGAAGAUCCGGAACAAGCUAAACUUAAGGCAAAAGCCAAAGAGAUGCAACGCGCAGAAAUGGAAGAAUUAAGGCAAAGGGAAGCCAAUUUGACUGCUCUGCAGGCAAUUGGCCCUCGCAAAAAACCUAAACUCGAUGCAGGAGGACCUACUAAUAGUCCAGGAAGUAAUUCUAAUUUGAACACAUCGGUUACUGGAUUGAACAGACAAAUGCCAAUGAGACCACGUUUGAAGAGGGUAAACUUUCGUGACUUAUUGUUUCUUCUUGAACAAGAGAAAGAAACGUGUAGAAGCACAACGCUAUACAAGUCUUACUUGAAGUGAUGUUCUAUGAAGGGCAGGAACUCAAAUGAUCCGCCCGACAUAUGGCGUCCUAACUACACGGUCUUGUGUGAGCUGGUCUCAAUGGACCUGAAUGAACAGUGCGACAUUACACUGUAUGUUGUAUCGUACAGCGUUUCAUAGUUUUUCGUACGAUGAAAUCCGCUGCGGAUCAGCCUUGUGAUAUCGCAUACAUUCAAAAUAACGUUACUUCUACCAUGCUUCCCUACUGUAAAUGACUGAGAAAAAAUUUUUUAAAUGUAAUAUAAUAGAUCGUUCUUUAUUUUUCAACACGAGAUCACAUCAAUGAGAAAGAGCAAUGUGUAUGAGCACAUCUCUCGUCGUUAGUCUUGAAUAGCCUUUAUGGCACGGAGUAAAUGUGAUUAGCCAUAUAUGAAUAUUGUUAUAUGGUGUGUGUAUGUUAUCAUCGAGUGGUCACAUGAGAACGAAUGAAUGUGUGUACAUUGUCAUGCUAUAUAUAUACCUGCUGCAUUGUAAUACUUGACCUAUACUUUUGGACAUUGUAGCGCUAAUGUAAGAUAUACAUGCGUGCAGGUUUUGUUAAAAUAGUAAAUCGUAUUUUUGCAAAUGAUACAACAUAAUAUGACACAAGCACAUUGUCCAAAAUGUAUGGAAAAUUUGUACAAUAUCUUACACGUAAAUAUCAUAUAGAGAUAAUUUCAAUGUUGGUACAACAAAAUAUAGCUACGCUCCACAAUAAGAUGGAAUUGUUAUCAGUAUAUUAUGUUGUAAUCUACAUUUUCAGUGUUUAUAAAAAAAAAAAAAAAAAAAAAAACUAGCUGUUACGUUUUUUAUUAAAGAAA